CGAGGGAAGGGUUGAAGGUAUAGUAAGAGACUCUGAUAGUUGAAGAAGCAUCUGAGGUUUUGAACAGUGUUCCGUGACUUCUCCAGGUGAUACAGCCACAAAGCGUUUCAAGACCUUGGACAGCACCGGUACCCGAGCAGAGCAGCGGAUAAUUUUGGCAAAUGUAUAAAGCGAUGUUACAAAGGAACGGCUCCCAGCUCCUUUUUCUAAUAGCCCUGUGCAGUGUGCUAUAUUCCCGGACUCAGUGUUUGCCAUAUGCAUCUAUGAGACCGACGAGACACGCAGACGGUCUCUUUACUAGUGGAUACAGCAAACUUCUUGGACAGCUAUCCGCGCGGCGGUAUCUGGAAUCCUUGAUCGGAAAGCGAGUCAGUGAUGACAUGAUGGAAGACCAGGUACCAGUGAAGCGCCACUCAGAUGCCAUAUUCACAGACAACUACAGUCGCUUCCGCAAACAGAUGGCUGUGAAGAAAUAUCUGAACUCGGUUCUGACAGGAAAGAGAAGUCAAGAAGACCCUCCCAUGCAAGAAGAAUCCAGAAGUGAGCCCUCGUUUCAAGAGAGCUAUGAUGACGUCAACGUAGAUCACCUUCUCAAUAACUUCCAAUUGCCACUCUGAAGAAGACCCACUGGUGUGACGACCUCAAUCGUCAACCUCAUCGAUCUACCAUUCAAAACAAUAUUUAAGUUCUUCAACAACGGGCUAAAAGUCAUGUGUGGUUAUCUCUACAGUAUAAAGUAAAUGUUUACAUUGUAUAUAAGAUAUACUAAAACCAAAAAUAUUGGUCUAAAGAUGUAGGCCACAGUAAAUAUUAUACAUGUCCACCUGGGAUUAGAUAGAUUUGCUUUGUCCAGGACUCUGUAAAUGGUAGUUCAAUAAAUGCAUUUUAAACAAGCUUUAUACUGCUAUAGAGUACCAUCAGCUUAAACAGAAGAGGACCACAUUUAGAGCGGCUAUGAUGCAUAUAAUCACUUUAUAUCCAUGUGGAACAACGCUAUACCUUGUGCAAAAACUUACCUAGAGCAUUUAGUUCUGUGAAACCGUCCACCAAAUAAAAGAUGUCCAUUUAUUUUUCAAAGCUGAGUAAUUUUGUAAGUAAAUAUUGAUGUUGAUUAUUUAUUUUCAUGUAAAAAACAAACUUGUUGGGAGAAAAGGUAUUGCUAAGUUACUUACAAAUUACGUCACAAACUUACAGUUGCACUCAACACGUGCUUUGAUGACCUGCUCAGCUGAAUGAAGAUGGGAAACAAAGACUAUUACAUUUGAUUUUAUGAAUAUCAACUUCAUAGCAUUUGAAAUGAAUUGAUCAGUUUCAUGCCAAUGUGACAAAUUAGCAUGUUAUUUGCUAUCAAAUCAGCACAACACAGAGAAGAACUUUAAAGCAAUUACCUUCUCAGUCUCAGUUACACAGUGGAAAUAUUCAAACUAGAUAAUGGCAGGGAUCUCAUUUAAAAAAGUAUURUUCACUUCAAAGACAUGAGACAAAGCGUAGAAUAGCAGAUAAAUAUUAACAUGAAUUUAUGUCAACGGACAUACUGUAGAUAAGUCAUAUACUGUAUUUGAAUCAUCGUAGUUAUGAGAGGACUGUGACAAAGAUGACUGAGAAAUUGUUUCCACAGAAUUAUUGGUACAUUUUCUGAACUAAUGUAACUUCGAAUAUAUUCAGUGAAUAAAAUGACGUAUACUUGUGCAA